CAGGAUCUAAAACCGCGCUAGGCGCUGCUCUCCACGCUCGCUCGGGUCGCUCUUCUCUUACCCGUGGAUAUACCCGGUGCUUUUUCGUGGGGGAAGAACUCGAAACACGCAUAUCCCUGUGGCUGCCUUUGCCCGCGCGCAACAUAUACACCGACCUACCGCCUUCUGUCCGCCCGGAGUUACGAGUGGCACACGCAGUAGUAGUUACGGUCAGGGAGGAGGGUCGGCCGCCGUCUACGCGGACAGCUCUCUCGCGCGUCUCCUCUUCUCUCUCUGCGCGACACCGGUUCGUUCAGUAAUCGCCGCGAGGAGGAACGCGCUUCUUCUUACGCGACUCCGUCGUCGACCCCGGGUUUUUGCCUUUAUCGAAGGGAUAUCAGUUUCGACGCGUACGCCGGUUGUGUGCGUCGAUCCCGCGCGCACGUUCGAACUACGCGCACGAUCCAUCGAUCGAUCGGUCGUGGCAACGCCGCCCGGAUUUAAAGCGCCAAGUGGACUGUUUUUCCCCCCUUGGGUGGCAGAGUGCUUACGAGCUACGCCGAGACACGGGUCACGGCUGUUCUCAGUGUAAACGGAGUCCCUCGCGCGCGAACGUGUCCCUUUAAUCUGGUCCGACUCCGUUUCCCCCCUGCUGCGUAGUGGAACCGCGGGACGACGCGUUGACUUGGCGCCAAUACUCGAAGGAUGUAACAGCCGAGCAUCGUCAGUGACCAUACAAAACCGGGGGUGUUUUGCGUCGUUUGUGAAACAGUGCUCCGAUCAACGGGACGCGGUACAGUGGACAAGAGCAGCCCCGACCAAUAAUUACGUGAUUAGCGAUCGUGUUCGUUAGUGAUCCGUCGGGUUUCGGUUUCGGAGCAGCGCAAACGCGAGUUCUAUCCGUCGGUGAUCGAGUAGUCUCUACCGCGAAUUAUUCGUACCAAGUCUCGUCUAACACGACCCAGAAGAAUCUAGUUACCUGAGUUACGCUCCAUUAAAUUCGAGGAACGAUACAGAGGAUUCCCAGCGUGCGCAUGAGAGACCACGUGCUCAAGUGAUCAGAGAGGAUAAUGUCGCGGCAGUGACGCCACGCAGAGGCAAGGUCUCUGGGCGUCUGGUCAGCGGGUACUUCCGGCGUUGGCCGCGACGAUGAGGAAGCACGCGUGUCCGGCCGUAGCCGUGGUCCUCCUGCAGCGUUCAAGCGUGCGUCCCGAGCUCUGCUGACGCUCGCUCCGAUUCAUCGCCGUGUCACAGCGUCUCGUCGUCGGUCGACUCGGAUCCGGGGUUCGUCGAGGGCCGACGGUGCCGCCUCAUUUCAGCGUCCAUCAGCCCCGAACGGGAACGGGACGACGUCUCUGCACGCCGUCGGGUCGGCGAACGACCCGCGAACAUCGCCAAGGACUCACUGCCGACGGCCACCAGCGGAUUUUCACCUGUGCAUCUGGGCUCCAGACGAGGCUGAACGCGCGAUCAUAAGUGCGACGCACGGGCAUACGCCGCGAAUAGUGCGGGAAUCGCGUGUGUGUGUGUGAGAGAAGUGGUUACUUGCUUAUACUGUGGGAAAAUACAGCCGCUACGGUGGCUCAGCACGCAGAGUUCCCCGGCGCGGCCAGGGCGUUCAUGGCGCAGCCAAGGUACGACGAUGGCGGGCUGCACGCGAGUUACCUCGAGGGCGGAGGUGGCGGCGGUGGUGCAGGGCUGUACGACCCGCACGGGAGCGCCCGGGGUGUACCAGGCCUCCAUCACAGUCCACACCUCGGGGGUAUGGGACCAGCGCACCCCCAGUACCCUCCGCCACCGCCACAGCCACCCCAGCAUGUACUCGCGGCGGCGGCCGCGGCUGCUGCGUCUGCGGUGCCUGAUGUCCACAAACGCGACAAGGACGCCAUCUACGGACACCCCCUGUUCCCGCUUCUCGCGUUGAUCUUCGAGAAGUGCGAGCUGGCGACGUGUACACCUCGUGAACCAGGUGUCGCGGGCGGUGACGUGUGCUCGUCAGAGAGCUUCAACGAGGACAUCGCUGUCUUCUCCAAACAGAUCAGACAAGAGAAACCCUACUACAUCGCGGAUCCGGAGGUGGACUCGCUGAUGGUCCAGGCGAUCCAAGUCCUCCGGUUUCACCUCCUCGAGCUCGAAAAGGUUCACGAGCUGUGCGACAACUUCUGCCACCGGUACAUCAGCUGCCUGAAGGGCAAAAUGCCGAUCGACCUGGUGAUCGACGACAGGGAGAGCUCGAAACCCCCCGAGAUCGGUAACGGUCUGGACGGUGGCGGACCGAGAAGCACCGCGGACAGCACCAGCCACACGGACGGAGCCAGCACGCCGGACGUCAGGCCACCCUCUUCGUCGCUCUCGUACCCCGGAGCGGGUGGAAACGACGAUGCACGUAGCCCCGGAAGCGGGGGCACGCCAGGACCCCUCAGUCAGCAAGCGCCCACCAGUCUGGACUCUUCGGAUCCCGACGCCAUGGGUAAGUGUUGGCGACUCGAUUCUCCUGGCUGGAUCCGUGGCCGCAGUAAAUGGUGUCCGCGUAGGGAAUGGAGUUCGCCGCCAGACGCGCAGCGAGCGGCUAGCGACGCGCGUCGUGGCGUUCUUUACUCUUCCGUCUUCCUCGGUAGUCCCGGUGACGCGAGUAACGCGAGUAUCGGCAGCGGCGAGGGCACCGGCGAGGAAGACGACGAUUCUACGGGUAAGAAGAACCAGAAGAAGAGGGGUAUCUUCCCCAAGGUCGCGACCAACAUCCUCAGGGCGUGGCUGUUUCAACACCUCACGCAUCCGUACCCUUCGGAAGACCAGAAGAAGCAGCUGGCACAGGACACGGGGUUGACGAUCCUUCAAGUUAACAACUGGUUCAUCAACGCGAGGCGUAGAAUCGUCCAGCCAAUGAUCGACCAGAGCAAUCGAGCCGUGUUUCCACCAUUGUCCGCAGGUCCGAGCGGGGCGUACAGUCCGGAUGCGACGAUGGGCUACAUGAUGGACGGACAGGCGGCGAGCAUGAUGCACCGGCCGCCUGGCGAUCCCACCUUCCACAAUCAGUACCAUUACCCGCCAGAGUACUAUGGACAUCACUUAUAAAGCAGUAGUCGCUAGUAGACGAUGGAAUGACGGUCCUUGCGGAACGGGAAACAUGGAAGCGUGACGGAGGCACCGUGCUCCGAUCUGGCGUUGAAGCAGGGGGUGAAUCAGCGUGGGUGGACGACUUCUCGGCCACGCUGCGCCUCGAGACACGCGGUGUCGGACGCUCGGUACGGAGAUGCUCUGGAUACUCUGGAAGCAGCCAUCGAUCGAGGCUGAUCGAGGAAUCCCAAGGAAGAAAAAUCUCCGUGAACGAUUAAACGAGAAUGGCCCGACGCGUUUAGGAUGGCGUCGAGACGCGGGAUACCGGAAGCAAGGUUGGCGAAGGGAAGAAGAGGGUAGUGCGGCUUCGACGAACGUGGGACGAGGAGCCGCGUGGAAAUUCAUGUGAUUGUUCUGUGUACAAAUGUCGCGGUGUAAUAUUUGUAGUGAUCGAAGAAUUUAAAUGUUAAAUUUUAAUACCGGUCGAGCUAUAAUUAACGAAAAUGGGAGAAGAACAACGGGGAGGGGGGUCAAAGGGGAUGAAGUAACACGAGUGAUAUAGGCAAUUUAGCGGGCGUGUACAUUAAAGGGAAGAUAAAGAAAGAGAUGGUGAGAGAAAACGAGAGAAGAAACCCGGUGCUCGCACGGAUCCGUGAUAGAUAGGGAUCGUUCACUGUGCAAAAUGGCGACGGAGAAACGCAUAGAACGAAAACGGUGGUUGCAGGAGGAAUGGUGACCAGGGACGGAAAAAAAUAAGAUCGAGUAAUGUAUAUAUAUAUACACAAACAGGCGCGCGUGUGCGCAUAGCAGUGACGCAUCCAUGUGUAUAGAUAUAUACGGUUAUAUAAAUAAAUAUAAAUAGAGAAAAGAAUUUUAGAGGCGCGGUGUUUAAAAGGAGUAAAAAGUCGAUGAACGAAGGG